AUGCCUUUUCGUGGUUUACAGUGUAUUCCUCUUGGAAAUGCUUCAACGUUUUCUGGAAGAUCUAUCUUUGAACGACUAUAUGGUCGGGUGUACUGCAACCAGGACAGUUCCCUUCUUGAUCUGCUUUGUUGUCCCGAGACCGUCAAUAUUGUGCUCCCAUCAAAAACGAACCGUGUCAUCUCCAAGAAAUCUUGCGACGAUAAACCUGAUGACACCCCAAAACCCGGUCUCGGAUCAUUGUAUACCCGGUGGGGCAGAACUACUUGUCCUACUAAUUCAAGCCUUGUAUAUGACGGUGUCGUUGGUGGACAACAUUUUUCCCAUACUGGUGGCGGAAGUAAUCUCUUAUGUCUACCCAACGAUCCCAUUUGGGCCAAUUAUACUACAGAAGGUGAAGAUGGGGGUUGGAUUUAUGGCAGUGAAUAUCAACUACAGUUAUACCCAACUAAUAAACUCUUUUCUUUUGCUAACGCUAAAUCACUUCAUGAUCACAACGUUCCGUGUGCUGUCUGUUCGACACGACAACCUGCCGUUGUUAUGACGUUACCAGCCAGGACAAAGUGUUACGCUGGUUGGACAGCAGAGUAUUCGGGAUAUUUGAUGACCGAGCAUUAUAGUGAUAAAGGCAGAUAUGAAUAUGUGUGUGUGGAUUAUGCACCAGAAGCUGAUCCAGCAGGUUACAGAAACGAAGAUGGAGCUGUUUUAUAUUUCGUUCAGGCUGCUUGUGGUUCAUUGCCAUGUCCACCGUAUGUCCAUGGUCAAGAAUUAACCUGCGUUGUGUGCAGUAAAUAUUGAAUAGAAAUUAAAUUCACUUCCACAUGAAAAUAUGCCUGUGAAUUACAAGAAACAAUAUAAAAUUUUCAAUUUUGUUACCUUAUAUUUUCUUCAAAGUAUGUCUAUCGUUACAAUAAACUGUCGUACUAGUUUACAGAAGAUAUUCAAACAAUACAAAAGAGGCGACGUAGAAUGCCAGAAAUAUCCUCAAAAUCAAGAAAAAUCUAAAUCUGUCGAAAUGAUUCUAGAAAACAUUUUGUAAGAUUUCAGUUUAUCAAAC